UUCAGCAGCUCGGCCUCAGAGCCCGCGGGUCCCCCAGCAGCUGCCUCUAGCCCCUGGUUCUAAUUUAUUAACCUGUCCCCAUCGCUAUGGCCGACGCCGCCCUGUCCUUCGCCAAGGAUUUCCUGGCCGGGGGAGUGGCCGCUGCCAUCUCCAAAACAGCCGUCGCCCCCAUCGAGAGAGUGAAGCUGCUUCUGCAGGUGCAGCAUGCAAGCAAGCAGAUUGCAGCAGACCAGCAAUACAAGGGCAUCAUUGACUGUGUUGUCCGUAUCCCCAAAGAGCAGGGUGCCCUGUCCUUCUGGCGUGGCAACCUGGCUAAUGUGAUCAGAUACUUCCCUACUCAGGCCCUCAACUUCGCUUUCAAAGACAAAUACAAGCAGAUCUUUCUGGGUAGUGUUGAUAAAAGAACCCAGUUCUGGCGUUACUUUGCUGGUAACCUGGCAUCUGGUGGUGCUGCUGGUGCUACAUCUCUGUGUUUUGUGUACCCUCUUGACUUUGCCCGUACCCGUCUGGCAGCUGAUGUGGGUAAAGCUGGAGCCGACAGAGAAUUCAAGGGUCUUGGUGACUGCCUGGUCAAGAUCUUCAAGUCUGAUGGUCUUAAGGGCCUGUACCAAGGCUUCAAUGUAUCCGUUCAGGGUAUCAUUAUCUACAGAGCUGCCUAUUUUGGCAUCUAUGACACUGCAAAGGGAAUGCUUCCUGACCCAAAGAACACCCACAUCGUUAUCAGCUGGAUGAUUGCUCAGACAGUUACUGCUGUUGCUGGUUUGACCUCCUAUCCAUUUGAUACUGUCCGCCGUCGUAUGAUGAUGCAGUCAGGGCGUAAAGCAGCUGACAUCAUGUACUCUGGUACAAUUGACUGCUGGCGAAAAAUUGCCCGUGAUGAAGGGUCCAAGGCGUUCUUCAAGGGUGCAUGGUCCAAUGUACUCAGAGGAAUGGGUGGUGCGUUUGUCUUAGUAUUGUACGAUGAAAUCAAGAAGUACACUUAAGUAACUUCCGCGUGUGAACCGGCAUGUUGUAUUAUGUAACUUACUCUGAUCAUUCAUGGACUGUCGAAACUGUAUCAAUUACAACUGGUAUCCAUACUGUUUGGCAAAGGGCAGCUAUCAUGCUCACCUGACCUCUGUCUUUAUCAAGUCAUUCCCCUGAUGAUGGGACUCAAAUGUUUUUAUUUCAGGCACUCCUGGUUAAAUAACAAGUCCGAGGAAAUAAAAAAAAAAAAAAUCCAGAACCAACUCUACUAGUGUUGUACUUGCUUUACCUCUUCUUGGUAAACUCUGCUUCAGCUGCAGUGAGGAAAAUGCUGGAAGAAGCAUAGUAACUACAUGGUAGCACUUUGAGGGGGUCUAUGGGGAUGUCCUAGUCCAGGUAAAUCUAAAUUUCUAAUGCUUGUGCUAUUAGGAAAAUGUUUGAAAUAAGUGGCUAAUCCACAAACAGGGCAUAUUUCUCGUGAUGUACCCUCUUGAGGGAGAGGAAAGGGAUGCUACCUAACUAUGACUGUUUCCUUUAAAGCCACAAUCUCCUUGGAAACUACAACUUUCUGAACAAUCCCUAGUAUGCACUGGCAUCUUAAUUCAAAUCUCUGUGGUGCUCUAGUGCUUGUAUAACAGCUACCUUAUCUAAGUGAUAAGAAGCCAGCAGUGCCUGCCUGUGCCCCCCGCCCACUGGUGCU